AACAAAUGUCAUUAAAAACGCGCUCUUCGGUGUUUAACGAAAUUGUUUGUUUAUUUGGUUAUUAUCUAUAAAAUAUUGCAUGAAACUUAAUAAUUUAUCAUAUAAACUUAUUAAUCGUCUAACUAUAUCCGCCAUUCAAUAUGGGAGACGAGGAUGUUAUUCGUAGAAGACUCUUAAUAGACGGAGAUGGAACAGGAGACGACAGAAGACUGAACGUGCUGUUAAAAACGUUGAUAAAAUGGUGUAACAGCACUGAUGACAAACCUGAAGAAAGCAAAGCAACACACGACCGAAUGCUAGCCCAGUUAGCGCAAUGUGAAUUUGCAGUAACAAAAUCACAACUAGGCUCAGAAAUGAUGUCAGCCGAGUUACAAAGCUACGAAGCAAUGUCGAAAGUUCUGGAGAAGUCAAUAGAAGUAGCCAAAAGUCACAUAGAAAAGAGUAAAGCUGACCUGGCUCAAGCAAAGACGGUGCGCAAAAAUCGCAUAGAGUAUGAUGUGCUGGCAAAGGUUAUCAGCGAACAGCCAGACAGGAAGGAGACUUUAGAGCGCCUUGGCACUUUGAAAACAGAACUGGCCAAUUUGGAGUCCACAAAACAGCAGUUGGAAAGCCGUUUAGCUUUAAGAAAAAAACAGUUUCAUGUCUUGGUUACUUCUAUACAUCAACUACAAGCAUUGCUGGAUGAACCUGAUGAUACAGAGUCUGUGUCUGAUGACAUUGAAAUGAAGGACAUUUUGAAUGAACCCUAGUGUUAGGUUUUAGUCUAGCUUUACUAUCUUGAACGAAAUAGAUUUAUAUCUAGAAAAAUCCCUGAUUUAUGCAUUAUCAUCAAAAAUUCGCUGCUGCAAUAGAAUUACUGGCCUCCUUUACAUAAACCAUUAUCUCCUUGCUUUGCAGGCAGUUUGGAGAUCUUGGGUUCAGGUUCAUCAGUGUUGCUGACCAGUUUGUCAAAUGUCAUUAGUCAGUACAGUUAGUCAUCUAUGAAGACUAGGAUGUCUCUUAUAAAAUCCGCCAGAAGAAUACAGGUGGUAAUAAAUGUAUUCUAUUCUCUCAUUACCACACAGUAUAUGCAUACCCAGAUUUGUUAAUAAUGAAAUUAAAUAAAAUUUACCAUAAUAAAGUUUAAUUUUGAAGUUUAAAGUUAAAUGAUUGAGAGAAACCAGAUACUUAUUAUAAUAGGGUAGAUGACUACUUUUCAUUUCUAUGUCCGUCUGCUAGAUUAUUUUGAAAUAUUAGACACAUAUUUUUUAUUUUCUUAAAGAUAUAAAUACUUUCGAUGAUGUAAUGUUUUGA